GGCAUUCGCUACACAGCGCCGGCUGAGAGCGAACGCGCCAAAACGUGCGGCCGCAGAGAGACUCGAUGCGUCGAAACUUCGACGAUUCAAAUUGAGAAAACAAAAGACGUUCUAAAGUUUUAGUUGAUUUGAAAAUGACGUAAAUUUUUCAUUUAAUAUUUUGUGCUCUUAGUGAAAUUUGGUCAUCAACUUUUUUUGAAUUUUUUUGUGCAUUUCCGAGUGAAUUGAUUAUAAUGUCACCUGAAUGAAAAAUUGUGCCGAGCCAUGGACGCGGAUAUCAUGAUGGAGGGAUUCGAGACCGACAUGACCACGCCCAACUAUGCCGUGAACCCGAUCAUGACGCCCAUGACGGCCGCAGACCACAACCACACCUGGAAGAACAUAAGCAACGCCACAACACCGGGGAGCACCAUUAAUGUAUAUUAUUUUUAUGAUGCUGCACAGUUUACGGUAAUGUGGAUACUGUUCGUCUCCAUAGUGGUGCUAAAUUCAUCAGUUAUUGCGGCUCUGCUAUGCACCAACGCCAGAAAGAGCAGAAUGAACUUCUUCAUUAUGCAGCUUGCUAUUGCUGAUUUAUUCGUGGGUUUGACCUACGUGUUCCCUGAUAUAUUACAGAAGAUCAUCAUUGCUUGGUACGCGGGCGAGUUUAUGUGCAAAACCGUCAAAUUCCUGCAGGCCGUUGUGAUGUACGCGUCGACGUACGUGCUGGUCGCGUUGAGUAUCGACCGUUGCGACGCCAUCACAAACCCCAUGAACUUCUCCGGGAGCUGGAAUCGAGCGCGGGUCCUCGUCGUGUCCGCCUGGCUAAUCAGCGUAAUAUUCUCCAUUCCGCUUUUCAUCUUAUACGAAGUCAAAGAAGUUCAAGCUGCAUGUUACGCGGUCAUCGUGCUCACGAUUUGGACCAAAAGCAAGGCUGUAGUGAUGAGCCCUCCGAUUUCUUCCAGGAGGACCAAGACUAUGAGGAAUGGUCAGAUAGAGAGCGACCCGGAUUCGAGGAGGGCCAGCUCCCGCGGACUGAUACCAAGAGCCAAGAUCAAGAGCGUCAAAAUGACAUUCGUCAUUGUUUUCGUGUUCGUAUUGUGCUGGUCUCCGUAUAUAGUGUUCGAUCUGCUCCAAGUGUACGGUCACAUUCCGUCGACGCAGCACUACUCCGCCAUCGCCACCCUCAUCCAGAGCCUCGCGCCCCUCAACUCGGCCGCCAAUCCUCUUAUUUGCUGCAUGUUCUCUCCAUACAUUUACACUAGUUUGCGACGCGUGCCCCCCUACAAGUGGAUAUGGUGGUUGGGUCGCCAUAAGCGCGCGGGCCGCGGCACACUCCGGUCCCGCUCAGACUCCACAGCCCACUCCGACCUGCUAAGCUCCACGCACGCACGACGCUCGCACUCUGUAGCAACGAUCCUUAACCGCACCCGAAGCAGCAGCGUGUCGAGACCGCAGUCCGAGGCGCGCAAGACUCAACUCCUGGUGCUGGCGUCAGCGCGUGACUGACAGCAGGCUGUCCGCAAGCCACCACACGACGUCAUGCUGUAGCGGUCACGUCUUGUGGAACUUGCGAUUUUGAACCUUAACCUCUGGGAGCUACGAAACACUUGCCUUCAUCUAAAAAGGCAUCAUUUCUUGUGUAACUUGCGAUUUUGGACCUUAACCUCUGGGAGCUACGAAACACUUGCCUUCAACUAAAAAGGCAUAAUUUCUUGUGGAACUUGCGAUUUUGAACCCUAACCUCUGGGAGUUACGAAACACUUGCCUUCAUCUAAAAAGGCAUCAUUUCUUGUGUAACUUGCGAUUUUGGACCUUAACCUCUGGGAGCUACGAAACACUUGCCUUCAUCUAAAAAGGCAUCAUUUCUUGUGGAACUUGCGAUUUUGAACCCUAACCUCUGGGAGCUACGAAACACUUGCCUUCAUCUAAAAAGGCGUCAUUGAAACUCCUUUGGAAUAGUAUUAUUUAAUCAUUCAAUAUUAGUUCUCGAUGUGAAAAACGCUAGUUGGACUUCCAUUGAUUAAUGUUCUGUUGAAAUUACGAAAAGCAGUUGCGUAUACCAAAGAUUAUGUAAUUAUGGACUUGUUGAAUAUCUAUUCAUUUUAAAAUAAUGUUUCAAAGCUUAAUUACGUAGGUGUAUUUUAUUUAAGAUAAGAUUAGUAUAUUGAGUUCUAAUUGCUAUAUAUUUUCUUUUAACUAUCGUAAUAUCUAAGAUAUGACGAACCUUUUCCACUGUAGCUAAACUGUUGUUGUAGUGAGAUUGUAUGAUAGCAUAGCAUAAUUAAUUUAUUGAAUAUUUAAAAAAAUAAGAGAUAAGUGAUUAUGAAAUUUAAAAUUCAGGAAUCGCAAACGUCCUCUGCAAUUUCUACACAUAUUUUUUAUGAGCAAUGCUAGCUUACAAUAUUUUAUUAUUAAGAUUAUAAAAAUUCGCUUUGAUAGAUACAUAAGUACAUCGAAAACUAAAACUUAAGCGUUAAGUUCUAGCAUUUCUUUGCAGCCGUCUAUUAUAGAAAUACGUAAACUUUAUAUUUCACCCAAUUGUGUUUUAGAAGGUCAAUCACUCGCAGGUCAGUGUGCUUAGUGCGAGUUUUUUAACGUUUCCGAUAGCGUAAAAGUUAACUCGAAUUUUGUAUGAAAUUGGAACGUUUGCAUAAGUUUGCCGCUAGGGGCGCUGUUCCAACUGUUAUGAUACCAGCAUCUCGUUUUUACCAUCGCACCGCCCGCCACCGGAGUAGAGUUCAUCCAUACUACCUGGAGCCACUGCGGUCAUCCACAGUGCGUUUCCAGAGAUCUUUUUUGCCACGUACCAUCCGGCUAUGGAAUGAGCUCCCCUCCACGGUGUUUCCCGAGCGCUAUGACAUGUCCUUCUUCAAACGAGGCUUAUGGAGAGUAUUAAGCGGUAGGCAGCGGCUUGGCUCUGCCCCUGGCAUUGCUGAAGUCCAUGGGCGACGGUAACCACUCACCAUCAGGUGGGCCGUAUGCCCGUCUGCCUACAAAGGCAAUAAAAAAAAAAAAAAAACUGCAUACAUAUUUGAGUUAACUUUUACGUUAUCGAGAACGUUAAAAAACUCUCACUAAGCACACUGAGCUCACAACUGCACGACACUGUCGUAUGGAGUACGAAGUACAUAUUGUUCAAUUGUAUCCUAGUACUCUCCUCGAGUCGUAGACAGAGCUACUUUUAUAGUAUGACCAUGGCCACGGACAACAGCCGUCGUAUCCGAUACUUCGGUAAUAAGGAAAGGUGAAAGGCUAUUUGGUUUAAGCGACAUUUGCCUAAAAUGCGACGCUUCUCUUGGUAAUUAAAGGUCCGUUUUAAUGAUACUAGCGACCCACCCUCGCUUCACUUCGGCAACUGUAAUGUAUUAUUGAUUUCUCCACUAUUUAAUGGAUGUUAUUAUACAUAUAAACCAUCCUCUUCAAUCACUAUAUCUAUUAAAAAAAAACCGCAUCAAAAUCCGUUGCAUAGUUUUAAAGAUUUAAGCAUACAUAGGUACAGACGGAUAUAGGGACAGAGAAAGCGACUUUGUUUUAUACUAUUUAGUGAUUAGCAUCCAUAAUUCGAUAUUUUUAAUUGAAUUUCAAUUACGUUCACCCCGUUCAAAUAGCUAAAGAAGCUUUUUGUUAUGGUAUGUAUUUUUAACCUUUAGAUGGCUCUGCUGUAAAAUUUGCAAAAAUGUCACUUAUACUAAAUGACCUUUUACCAAUGUAAAGGACAAUAAAAAACCAGAGAUUAAGCCCCAAAAGUAGUUUUGAUGUAAUCCUUAUCUGAUUGGUAUAUAACGCUAAUUCUUUCUCAACAUUACGGCACGCUAUGGUCGAUUAACAAACGCGAUAAUAUAUUUAAAAACCAAACCGAUUGUAAAUAAACGAUAAGUUGUAGAUUAGUUCGUAUUAAAACUAUAAAUCAUUAUAUUUACUUAUAAAUAUAUAGGUAUGUAUAUCCGUAGGUUAUUGCUGAAACUUACGUACUAUUAAUUUUAAUCUAGUCAAGAGCAGCUUUUUGGGAGUUUCAAUGUAAAUUCUAAAAAGCAUUUAUUUUUGUAACUCAUAAAAAUGUUUAAAUAAAAUUAAGAAUAAUAAAUAUUUUAAUACGAAAACAUUUGAUUAAAUAUGGUUAAGUGGUAUGUAUUACAUUACAGUAAUUUGAGCAAAAGAAAAAUCGUAUCUUACAUAUUUCAGUAAGGCUCCUAAUAUAAUUAGCUGUAGGGAGCGGCUAAUGACUCUGGCAUUGCCGUCGCUCAAAGAUAACUACUCGUCAUCAAGUUGGCCAUAUACUUAUUUUUUUUGAAACCAAAACAAUGAAUUGGCAUAGACAAUUGUAACCAAAAAAUUGUGAAUAUAAUUGUAACUGUUUUUUUUUUACUACUUAGAUGGAUGGACGAACUCAUAGCCCACCUGGUAUUAAGUUUUUAUUGGAGCCCGUAGACAUCCACAGCGUAAAUGCGCCACCCACCUUGAGAUAUCAGUUCUAAGGUCUCAAGUAUAGCUACAACGGCUGCGCCACCCUUCAAACCGAAACGCAUUACUGCUUCACGGCAGAAAUAGGCAGGGUGGUGGUACACACCCGCGCGGACUCAUAAGAGGCGCUACCACCAGUAAAUUGUAAUUGAAUACCACCAGUAAUUGUAAUGUAAUUGAAUAUAAUGAUAAAAAUUCGAAAGAUCUUCCUAUCAUUUUCUAAUUACGACGUGAGACAAAUACAAUGGUAAUGAUUUUAAUGUUCGUUUUUCACUGGUAGUUAUGGGGAGUUUCUGAGAAGAGAUUGUUCGAUAACAAUUAGAAUUAAAUCUCAAUGCUUGCUCUAAAACGAUAUUAAGACAAAGAAUAGAAUCAUAUUUCCGUAAUUUAGAAUGAAAGAAACACACUUAUAAUAAAUAAUCCCAAACUAUGACAUAGUUUAACAUUAAAUAGUUUAUUAAAUUUUAGAUACAAUUGUGGCAAUUUUCAUGUAUACUUAACUUUAAAUAUUGGGCUAAAAAUCGUUGUCCAAAACUCCAGAGUCAACUUUAAGAUGAAGCCAAACUAGCAAAUCGUUUUAAAUGUGAUUUUUGUCUUCGGAUUCGAUCUACGGUCCUUUACAAACUUUUAGUACAGACAUUUUUGAUAAGAUUGGGUCUUUGAAACUUGUACAGUAAUUUGGAAGAAAUGUCCACAAUAAUGCUCUCAUUGUGAAGUUACGUCAAUGAGGGUGUAAAUAAGUGUGUUCAUUAGAGAAUUGAUAUGAAUAUGUGAGUUAUUGAUGAUUCAUGCGAUCAUCGCCUGAUAGACAAUUAUUCACCUUGCCAAAAAAACCUAUCUACAAGCAACGCGCCCUAGACUUAACGUAAAAUAACAUAUUUAUUAUUACUUGUAUUCUUAAUUAUAAUAAUUUAAAAAAUAUAUUUAAGAAUUUUAUGAAAUAUAUAUAUAAUACCUUAGAGUAAAAUUUAAUUUCGAAGAAUUACGUGACAUUUUAAAGUAUUGGUUAUGUAAUGAGAUUAAUAUUAUUAUUAUUGUAAUGUUGUAAAUUGUAUCCUAAAUAAGAGGCUUGUAUGUACAAUUAUUUUUGUACUCUCGAUUACUCGUGUGAACAAAUAUAUAAAGUUAUAUUAUUAGAAAGUCGAAA